GACCCAAGAAAAGAUCAGACUGGCGGGAGAUACUUAAUUCCAAGGAAUCUCUGCUCUGCUCUGUUCUGCUCUGCUGCCAGAUGCCUUCUUUUGCUUUAUCAGACCAAGGAGAUAACCUGGAAGACUGUGUUUUAAGUUUUUCAGACCUGGACUUUAAAACCACAAGUCUUAUCAAUCCCAGUAGCCUUCUCAAAGCAGAGUUAGAUGGCAGUACAAAGAAGAAAUACUCCUUUGCAAAGAAAAAGGCCUUUGCCCUUUUUGUCAAAACCAAGCAAGUUCCAGCAUCUCCUUUUGAAUGUAAAGAAAAACAGUGGAAAUGUUGUCAACAGCUCUUCAGGGACCAGACCAGCAUCCAUAGACAUGUGGCAACACAACAUGCUGUUGAAAUUUGUCACCAGACUGCUUCUGUUUUAAAGCAGCUGGCCAUGACAUUGAGCUCCUCAGAGUGUCUUAAAUCUGCAGACAGAAGGAACCUUCUAGAAGAGUACCUCCCUCACGACCACGAAGUAUCUUCUUGGCUCCCUGAUAUAAGCUGCUUUAGUCCUGAAGAGCUGAUAGGUGGCCAGGACAACGAUGAAGGGGAGGUGCUGCUUUAUUACUGCUACUGUGACCUGGAGAAUCCUCACUGGAUCUGUGCCUGGCAGACAGCUCUCUGUCGGCAUCUGCACCUCACAGGCAAGGUUCGAAUUGCUACAGAAGGAAUCAAUGGGACAGUAGGUGGAAGCACAUUGGCCACCAGACUCUAUGUGGAAGUCAUGCUUUCCUUCCCAUUGUUUAAGGAUUACCUGUGUAAGGACGAUUUUAAGACCAGCAAAGGCGGAGCUCACUGUUUUCCAGAAUUGCGUGUUGGUGUAUUUGAAGAAAUCGUGCCCAUGGGGAUUAGCCCCAAUGAGAUCUCCUACAAGAAGCCUGGAAUCCAUUUGUCCCCACAUGAAUUUCAUAAAGAAGUAGGAAAAUUUUUAUCUCUGGAAAAUCAAGAAGAAAGUGAUACUAUCCUACUGGACUGCAGAAAUUUCUAUGAAAGUAAAAUAGGACGAUUCCAGGGCUGCUUAGCCCCAAACAUCAGGAAGUUCAGUUAUUUCCCUAGCUACGUGGACAAAAACCUAGAUCUUUUCAAAGAGAAGAGGGUACUGAUGUACUGCACUGGGGGCAUUCGUUGUGAGCGGGGUUCUGCGUACCUCAAAGCCAAGGGCGUGUGCAAGGAAGUGUUCCAGCUCAAAGGAGGCAUCCACAAGUACCUGGAAGAGUUUCCUGAUGGUUUUUACAAAGGGAAGUUGUUUGUUUUUGAUGAGCGCUAUGCUCUUUCCUACAACGACAACAUAGUGUCAGGUAGGUCAGCACAGAACUGGACCUGGACUGUUAAUCAGACACUCUCCAUAUUCGCCGUCAUAAAGGAAAUACAUAGGACAGGUGGAUCAAUACUGAUUAUUUGA